AUGGCGGUAGCGGAGGCUACUAAAGAGGCCCUAUAUUUGAAAGGCCUGUUAGUUAAUUUGGGUGUACAGGAAGAAUCAGAAACUGUCACGAUACUGAAUGAUAAUCAGAGUACAAUCAGUAUGAUCAAGAACGAUGUAUAUCACCAGCGUACUAAACAUAUAGAUACAAGGCCGCAUAUAACCAGUCUACAACUCGCUGAUCCAGACUUUUUGACUCCACGACCUAUUGACAUCAUUCUGGGUGCAGCACCAGCUGCGCAAAUAAUCAACGCUAGAAUAAAAAAGGGGCGCGAUAAUGACCCAAUCGCCCAAUUAACAUCACUUGGCUGGAUCAUUUAUGGUUCUGUGCACACCGCCACAUCAAAAUUGACCGCUUAUGGUCAUCAUGUCACUGUUGAUGAUCAACUACAAGACUUGUUGAGCAAGUUUUGGUACCAAGAAGAGCCACAGACAGAAUUCGCUACACACUAUACUGAAGAAGAAGAAGAGUGUGAACAACACUUUGUCAAUACACACUACAGACAGUCUGAUGGUCGAUGUGUCGUUCGCUUGCUGCUUAAAUCUUCACCAAGUCAACUGGGUGAUUCGCUACGAGCUGCACAAUACGCUUUACUACGUCUUUGCAAACGAUUGGAGAGUGAUUUAGUCCACAAGAAGUUAUACUUCGACUUCUUGAAGGAAUAUAAAGACUUGGGACACAUGAGACGCUUAAAAUUAAAGAAUUUACCACCGAACAGCUACCUGUUGCCUCAUCAUGGGGUUCUAAAAGAACAGAGCACUACCACCAAGCUCAGAGUGGUAUUUAAUGGGUCCUGGAAAACAACAUCUGGUGUAUCAGUCAACGAGAUAUUCUAA